CUGCAACUAAUAAAAGUUUUUGAAUGCAUUAGCUUACUUGAAUACUUGGAUGGCACAUCUUCACUGGUUGUUGUUCAAGAAGUCUUCACAACUGGAUAUUCGUUUAUGACACCUUCAGGACGUAUCUCUAAAUACGGGAUAUUCUGGGGGCCAGACGACCCGCGCAAUGUCAUUCGUGAAGUGCCCGGCGUAACACAUGUUGCCGCAAUGUUAAUGGCAAUAAUAGAUGCCGUACGCAUUGUGAGUCAGUGUCGUUUUCGUUUUGGCGAUGAAAUGAACACAAAUGGUGAAAUGGCUACUACAUCCUCAAACGAUUGGCCUGUUGUUUACACUAUGGCAAUGUGUAAAUCCUCGAACAAUGGGUUCAACUCAGCAUCUUACGUUACCGUUUGGUCAGACAAGCGUUGUGGACAGAAUACAAUGCAUCGACUUGCAAUGAUGCCAGUGACUCUUUUUCGAGCGCAAUUAGCUGCUAUCGAAGAGGCACUCAGACAGGCUGUUGAUAAUCGCCUUCCGCGUGUCGUCGUAGUGACUGAUUCACAAGCAUUCCUUUUGAACUGGCGAAAGGGAUGGUUAAAAACAACCGGGUCUCCUGUUCCAAACAAGUUUCUUUACGAUCGAAUAAGGGAUCUUACACAAUCCGAUACAGAAGUGCGCUUCCGUUAUGAAGCGCCGCAAGCAGAUAACAGUAUGUGGUCAGAGGCUAUCGAUAAGUGCUUCGAGGCAAUAGAUCUUCCACUUGUGGGCAAAGACCGUUCGGAGUAUAAGAGAGAUAUAUCAGAAGUAAAGGAUAUGAAUAAGCGCGGAGGAAUCAUAUGGGAGACAGACGGAAAGAUUCAUCAUGGGCUUAUUAACAUACUAGAGAAGGCCACUUCUGUGGGAUUCAAACAUAUUGUCGUGCGUACGAACUCCGUCCGUCUAAUUCUGGCAUCUGAGAACUGGCUGCCAAUUUGGCAUCGGAAUGGUUGGCGAAAUUCAUUGCACAAACCAAUUGCAGACGCUGACUCUUGGAAGAAGAUUUGGUGGCUGAAGAAAACUGUAUAUUGGGAACUAAUGGAUCCACCGAAUGACGACGACAAAGCUGCGGCGGCUCAGCUAUUCUUUUCUGAUGAUGUCAAUGAACUACAAUUGUAA